AUGAAGACGCGUUGCCUCUCUAGUGGCAGGAAUCCAAUGCACGUGGCGGCCAAAUCGGGCAAUUUGCCCAUGGUCAAAUUUUUAUUGGAAGGAUGGUCAUCUUUGGCCACCACGGAGGAUGACUUGGGUUUACUUCCGCUUCACCUCGCUGCUGCUUCCGGGCACCUGGAAGUUGCCGAGUUCCUUUCAGGAGAGUUGCCGAACACUGUCUACGCGAAAAGCCGGACAGAGGUCACCCCACUGCAUGUAGCAGGCGCCCGGGGCAGCUUGGCUGUGUUGAAGUUUUUUUGCCGCCUUUGUCCCGAGCUGCUGAAGGAAAAGACACAGGAUUUUUAUCGUCAGCCGUCGGACAUCCAUUCCCCAACUGUCAGCUUGCACCGCAUCGGCACAGACUGGGCUCACGGUGCUGCAUCUUGCAGCCGUGCAGGGAAAUCUGCAGACGGUGCAGCAACCCGGCAGAAGGGCAGCGCGCUGGCAGUGCGAUUGCCCUCCGGGGCAUGGAGCGGCCAAUGA